CACUAUUGAUAAUAGAUAAACCUGUCCUCUGGGUCAUCACUCUGUUGUUAUAACAUUUUCUCCUCAUGAUGGCAGCUAAAUAGUAGAGUGCAAUAGACAGAGACACCAGAGAGACGAGAGCGGACUAAUUUGAGCAUGGCUGCCGUGGAGAGCAAUGACAUGAUGUCUGCCGCGGAAUACUCGGCCUCCGUGGAACAAUGGUUGCAUCAAGCCUAUCACUGGCAAAUCUUCGCCUUGGGGUUUCCUAGUUACUUGGCCUAUCAAGCUUCCGUUCAGGCUCAGCAAAACCUCGGUGCCCUCUCCGGACGUGUGCCGUCUCACCCUGGUGGUCUCCAUUCCGUGGGCGGAGUGGCGGCGGGGGGUCCCCGCCUUCACAGAGGUAGCCCACCCGUGUUUCAAGUGUUCACCAUCCCGCCCAUUUGGAAGCGCUUUGUGGCCGAGCUCAUUGAUUUUCUGACGCUGUUUGUGUUGAAAUUGUUUAUCACCUAUAUUGCCAUUGACAGUUUGGAGCUUUUUGACGUCGAGAGUUUUUUCCGUAAGCACGAUCGGAGUUUGUAUUUGUUGGCAGCGGGCAAAGAAAUCGACGUGGAGGAUGCCUUUGAAUUAACAUCCGAUAUCGUGCUUCUCGAGAUCAUUCACCGCUUCGUGGUGUGCAUAUUUGAGAUCUUGUGCACCUUUAAAGGCCCAGCUGCCAUUCCUGGAGGAGCUACGCCCGGUAAACUUUUAAUGGGACUGCGCAUUUAUAAAUGUGAUAAUAUUGUCAUGACCGAUGUCCCUGGACGAGUCCAAAUAUCACCGGCUUCAAAUCUUGGACUAUUUUGGGCUUCGGUUCGAUCUGUUUUAAAAAAUACGGCAGUGGCAUUGCUUUUCCCCGUGUGUAUCACUUUCUUAUUCAUGCCUGGAUAUCGGACACUGUACGAUGUGAUGUCAAAAUCUAUAGUGGUGGAAGUGGACAUUGAAUCUUUGAGACGGCAAAGAAAUCCCGAAGUCGCUCGCCAUCAAUAGACUUGGCCAUUAAACCAUACUCUAUUUAACACCUUACCAUAGAUUCUAAUCAUUAAACAGAUACACUAUG